AUGACGGACUUUUCUCCUGUUUCUAACCAGUAGGAACCGUGUAACACACUACAGUUCAUGGGACAGCACAACCGACACUUUUCUGUAACGUUUUUUGACCCAGCCUGUUCUAGGGAACGCUAGGCUGCCGACGGCAGCCUCCUUGGGGCGACUGACUCCGGUCAGCUAGAUGGAGGACUGGAUGAUCUUUGAAGCAAAAAAAUCAGCUGAGUUCGGCUCCAGCAAACCCUCAAAUCUAGUGAGGGUAAGCAGUAAAGCAAACGGAGGGAUUAAUUAAGGAAAUUUGUAUUUGCUACAGUAUAUUCUGAAUAAUUGAGUUCUGAAUAGAAAUAGUGAAUACGUACUUAUAUUUUGACUUCAUUUUUUAGUUUCACUCUGUCAAUCUGCUGAUGUGAAGAUUGUAAAUGAAAUCUGCAAACUACUCUGAGGACAUGUCUUGCAUGCAGAAGGUGUUGUUGUUUCAGGAGUCAGGCUGUGGAGGAGUUCCUGAGUGAGGUGCGCAACAGGGAGCAGCCUCACUGCGCCGGGCUCGUCUCCCAACCCACAGCUGUUAAAUUUCUUAUGGCCCGCAAGUUUGACGUCUUCCGAGCUGUUGACCUCCUCCAAGCAUACAAGAACACGAGAAUCAAAGAGGGGAUAAUAAAUAUCAACCCUGAAGAGGAGCCUCUCCGUUCUGAGCUGCUCAGUGGCAAAUUCACCGUCCUGCCUGGACGUGAUGCAAAUGGUGCUGCGCUCGCGCUUUUCACAGCUCGCCUCCAUCGGCCGGAUGUGACCACUCACAAAGCUGUGCUGCAGGCCAUCAUUUAUCAGUUGGAUAAAGCCAUAGACAGUGUUCAAACCCAGCGAGACGGACUUUUAUUUAUAUAUGACAUGACCAACUCGAGUUAUGGGAAUUUUGACUAUGAUCUGUGUGUCAAGAUCCUCAAUUUGCUCAAGGGGGCGUUUCCUGCUCGUUUAAAAUGUGUCUUCAUCGUGUCCUCACCUCUAUGGUUUCGAGCACCCUUUACGGUUCUUCGCCUCUUUGUCCGUGAGAAGCUGAGAGAACGGGUGUGCACAGUGAAGGCUCAUGAACUGGCCAGCCACAUCCCAGUCUCCUCCCUCCCUGAGCACCUGGGUGGGACAUCCCAGUACAGCCACAUAGCCUGGAUCCAGUCCUGCAUCAACGCCAACACUGUAGAGGGUGACACAACAGUACAUGACACACAUGAUUGCAUGGGAAGCCUAUUGCGCUCUUACGGCCUUGAGUGCGGGGACUCGAGCACUGUCACGACGCAGACUCAGGACCGUUUGGCUACUCCGCUGGGGUGUGACCUUCCCAUGCCUAACUCUAACUCCAAUGAUGAUAGCAAUGCGAACCCGCACAACCACUGCGUUGUGGAGGAGGGCAGGACUUUGGGUAAUUCUGCUUCCAAUAGACUGCAGGGGAACCACCAACACUGGAAUGGAUCAGCUGGGACUGGAAACAACAUGGCUGUUAGUGGCCUGAGCACCAAUUCUAACACGUAUGGUCGUGGACGACAUGCUCCCCCCCAGUCGGACACACCUCCUGACACGCCACUCUCUCACAAAGGCAAUGAGGACGCAGUGGAUUGCAGGACAGCAGAUUGGGAUCAUGGAUCUCUGAGUGAGCAUAUUAAAGGAACGGAUGAAGAGGGUGAGGAAGAGGAGGGCGUGCCACCAUUGCCCCAGAAAUCUUUGCCUCGGCCACCUCACCAGCCCGCCUCCCAGAGGUCACACUUGCAAUGGGGUGCUGAUGACGAGGACUGCCGCAUGGAGGAAUCUAUUCACAUGCCGGAACAGGGAGGAAUGGCGAUGCAUGAGCUGGUAGAUCAUGUGAAGAGAAAGAAAAAGAAAGGGAUCUAUCAGGAGUAUGAGGAGAUUCGGAAGGAGCCACCAGCGGGGACCUUUGACUACUCCAAGAAACUCUCCAAUCAGCUCAAAAACCGGUACAGUGAUGUUCUAUGUCUGGACCAAUCCAGAGUUCGACUCUGCCAGCUCUGUGACGAUGACGACGACGAGACUUCCGAUUACAUUAAUGCAAGCUUCAUGGAUGGCUACAAGAGAAGAAGGGCUUAUAUUGCUACUCAGGGUCCUCUGCCAAAAACAUUCGGGGACUUUUGGCGCAUGGUGUGGGAGCAGAUGGUACUUAUUAUUGUUAUGACAACACGAGUGGUGGAGCGAGGGCGUGUAAAGUGCGGUCAGUACUGGCCACUGGAAGAAGGCAAAACAGAGCAACAUGGAUGUUUCCUGGUUAGAAACACCCACAUCCAAGUCUUCCAGGACUUCAAACUCUCACAUCUGGAGCUCUAUAAUACCCAAUCUGGGGAGAGACGAGAUGUGUGCCACUACCUCUACGUCAGCUGGCCAGACUUCGGGGUGCCAAAGAGUGCAUCAGCCAUGUUGGACUUUCGCGAGCAUGUACUUCAGAGGCAGAAAGUUGCAGUUCAAAGUCUGGGCUCCAGUUGGAAAGGGCCUCCAGGGGGCCCUCCUGUGGUCGUCCAUUGCAGUGCUGGUAUCGGCCGGACAGGCACCUUCUGCACACUGGACAUCUGCCUGUCGAGGCUGGAGGAUAUCGGCACAGUAGACAUCCAUCAGACAGUACGGCGAAUGCGUACACAGAGGGCUUUCAGCAUCCAGACGUGGGACCAGUACUACUUCUGCUACACCGCGGUCAUCGAAUAUGCCAUGCGCCGCGGGAAGUUGAGCCCAGUGCAGUGGUCUGACUCUGAUAUAGAGACCGACAGCGAGUGAAAGGCACACAGGGGCAAGAAGUCGACGUAAGCCAAUGUCAGCAGGGGGAAGUUCUGCCAUGGGAAAAGUGGACAUCUUGCACUUCAUGUAAUGAUGCUCCAAUACAUGAGUCUCUCGUGUAAACAUACGAAUGGGGAGACCUGAAGAGCUUGCCAAGAAAACUUUUGGAGAGUCUUGCCAAUUUCAGAGCAAAUGGCACAGGCACUCAGCCUGCCCUGCACUUGUCCCCAUGAAAAGAACAAUGUAGCAUUUUCUACUGACUUGCACAUGAGGAAUGGCAAACUUGAACCAACCGAAACUUUUAUAUCCCCACUCAAACUUUUCUGCCAUUGCCUUUUCAAGAGGGGAUGCUUUUGAAUGAGACGGAAUUUGACGGAUCAGCGUGUGAGCCAUUUCAGGAUUUUAUUUGAUCUUUUAAGUCCCGUGACAUUUUUUUCCUCCUAUGGUGCAGUUUUUACAUGUGUUUCAUACAUAAUGUGCGAAAUGUAGACUAACGUUCCAAAGCCAAAGUCAUCAACCAAAUGCUUGGAUGUACUCCCUACUAAGAUACUUUAGACUGAAACCAUGUAUAUUCUUGUAACAUACAGCUAAAUUUAUACAUUGUUGUGCAUAAUAACCUCUUAAAGAGGGGCAAAAUUGCCCUGUUUUAAUAUAAUGGUUUUAAAGCUGGAUAGAAAAACUAUGUCGCACGCCAGGCUAUAAAAAUAUCAGUUGUAUUAAAAGUGAUGCCAAGUGUGACAGUUUUACUAUUAUGUGAUUUGACUGCUUAAUCUUAUUCCAUAACCCUGUCCGUUAUUACUCCUAACUCCUGAGACAUAUUCUGCCUCAGAUAAUUGUGCCUUCAGGUUGUUCUUUUUCUUUAACGUCACAAUGCAGCAGAUAUACUGUAGUAAUAAAAGCCGAGGUCGUGCACUUGCAUAGUAUACAGUACACUUUUUUUUUUAACCUUUAGUGCUGCCACUUCCGAAUAAUAGGAAAGUCAUGAGUGGACAAAAUUCUGGUUCGUCUAUCAUUUGACCUCAGGGGCGUGUUUAUUUUUUUAAUCCGUUACUACAUUUUGCAUCUAAAUUAUACAACAUACUAUAUCUUUUAUUUUGUAUUUUUACUGUAUUUUAACCACCUAUAUUUAUGACUUUGUAGAAAAAAAUACAGGUUCAAAAUCACUGAAUGUUGGUACGACACCACAGCAGAAUUUUGCGGUAAGCUGAACAAAUCAGAUGGGAGUUGAACUAUCGAUAUAUUUUUGUUGGUAAGCAAUGGAGUGCUGGAAAAUAUCUUAAAAUACUAUUUUCAAAACUGACUUGUACAAUUUCUGAUUGUUCAAUUGCUUUGGGAGUAUUUUGCUUGACAACAUUUUAGUCUGGCUAAUGUAAGAACUGUAUUGGAACAAAAAAAAAGGUCGAUUGACUGGUUUGUUAGCAUGAUGAACACGAGCCUUGAAUGUUUUAAGGGGACUGCUACUUGGUCCAUAUUUGUGUAUUUGGGCUUCUCAAUGCCAAAGGCUGAGACUCACCUAACAUAUCUUCAGCAUGGACCUCCCAAUUCAGCCUCACAGCCACUAAUACACAAGGAGAGUCUCAGGAGCACGUCGAAUAACAAAUAUCAUGGUAUAGCUUGAAUAAGUGAAAGUACAGAAGCAUCUGGAUUCUCCAUGUUGUCAACUUGUUGUAUGGCGUGUCCAUAUUUUUUUUUUUUUUUUACUGUUCUGUAUCUUGUGAUUUGAAUGUUGGCCUUUUUACACCCUGUAUGCCUGGCUAGCCCAUUAAAGCAAUGCUAUC